AUGGCAGCAGAGCAGAGAAAGUUAUUGGUGCAAUUAAUGGGCAAUGAUUCCCUCAUCUCGCCUGUGGUGAGGAGGAGAAUGCCUGAAAUAACCUCUCAUAAGGUGUGUAAGAGUUUUUUGGUGGGCACUUGUCCGUAUGAUUUGUUUGUGGGAACCAAGCAGGAUUUGGGAAGGUGUCCCAAGCUUCACUUGGAGAAGCUCAAACUUGAAUACGAGUACCGCACCAAGAAGGGAGAGCUAUUUCCUGACUUCAGAUAUGAAUAUUAUAUGACCCUAAGACGCUAUGUUCAAGACAUUGAUUAUACCAUUGAAAAUGCCAAUAAGAAGCUUGAACAUACCCCAGAAGAAAAGGAGAAGAUCUCAGAAGUUACGAAAGAUCUCGAGAAUCUCGAUACUAAAAUUGGGUUGAUGCAACAAGAAAUCAACUACCUUAUAGCUGAGAACAAAACUCAGAUGGUGCUCAACCAGUCGAUAAAAUUAUCAGCUCUAAUCGAAGAAAGGCAGAAGUUGGGUGAAAAAGCCCGUACUAUCAUCGAAAACAUCGGACAAUCAGCCCAACAGAAACUUCAGGUGUGUGAGCAGUGUGGGGCAUUCUUAUCACGGUUGGAUAGUGAUAGACGGUUGGCGGACCAUUUUAUUGGUAAAAUACAUUUGGGCUACGUACAAAUGAGAUCAGAGUAUAAAGAACUUCAACAGCAGUAUAAGGACCAAACCUAAUCACUCUUGGUAUCUUUUUCCAUCGAGACCUUUUCCUUGGAAAUAUAUCCAAUGGCAUUCAAUCUUUCCGACAAAAUUGGGUGGGAUCUGUAAUAAGCUGAAUAUAAUGGGUCUGCCUCAACGUAACUCAAAUUUUCAAUGUUCAACUUAAUCAAAGAUUUACCCAAGUCGUCCGUAUAACCACACGAUUUAGCGUAUUCGUCGGCUUCAUAUUCGUGCUUUCUAACCAACAAGUUUUGAAGGAAUUGCAACCCCGAUUCAAGAGGCUUGAAGAUAUCUGAAAACAACAAAAGGGCAACGAUAGUUGGCUUGAGGCCAAAGAAACCAAACGACUGGAACAACGAGUUGUUCCCAAGGAAAGCAGCAAACAUGGAGAACAUAACCAUCAUGUUGACUUGGGAAAAUGCCAACAUCCUUGGUAAAUGGUUCAAUUUCCAAUGUCCGAUUUCAUGAGCCAACACGGCCACAGUCUCGUCGACAGUAGAGUGUUCGAUCAAGGUGUCAAACAAGACGAUUUGCUUACUCCAAGGUAAACCUGUGAAGUAGGCAUUGGAGUGACCCGAUCUUUUAGAUCCAUCAAUAACGUAUAACUUGGUCAAUGGGAACCCUUGCUUUUUGGCCAAGUCUUCAAUGGCUGUCUUCAAUUCACCAUCUUCCAAAGGAGUAAACUUGUUGAAAAGAGGUUGGAUCAAGGAUGGGAAAAUAGUCAUGAAGAACAAUUGGAAGAACAAUACAAGACCGCAAGCAUACAACACGAACGACUGGCCGUACCAUUCAAUGAUUUUCAAGAAUGAACCCAAGAAUGGAGGAAGCAACACCAUCUGAAUCAAAAGCGACUUGAAGAAAUCAGCAGCCCAUAAGCUCAAAGUAGACUUGUUAAAUCCAUACUUUUCUUCCAAUACAAAGGUCUUAUAGUAGUCAACGGGUAUAGAAGUGAGUUCACUGAAAAGCGAGUUAGCAAACAAGAAAAUGAUCGAUUGGGUGAUCACUCCUCCCAUGAACUUAGGUAACACUGGCAAAAGGUGACUAAGUACAGCUCCACUAAAAACCCAAAAUUUGGGUAAUAAAUCGUACUUAAUAUAAAGUAGGUUUUUAAUCAAGGAGUAAGCACUGGUGAAGAACGAAAAGCCUUCUUUGGCUCUGCUGUAUUCUUGAGACUUAUCAUAUGUUUCUUGUGUAAUCUCUGCCUUCAAUGAGUGAGGGACGGCCGUUCUUUUCAAUACUUGAUAUUGCUUAUAGCCUAAGAACGAUUCGAAAAUGUAUUGACCAAGCGUGAAGCUAACGAUCACGGUUUUCCAAUUGAUGCUUGGAUUAUCCAAAAAUCCCAAGUUCUUGAGUGGGUUAGUAUAUCGCUUGUAUCUGCUGGUUUUUAUGAUUAAACAUACACUUACUAAUGAGUACGUCAUUGAGUUAUUCAAAUGAAAAAUAUACGUGGAGCAAUUUCUCCAACGAAAAUGCGCCAUCGAGAAUGCG